UACUUGAACCGUUUGCUGUCACACCCAGACUUAGUUCUCUUUCAAACUCACUGAUGGCAAAAGAGAUGAAAAUGUCUGAAGGUGAAGUCCUGUACACAGAAGUCGAAUUUACAAGGGGAGCGAGGGGAGUGAGGGCAUGCACCAAUGGGACAACUUCCUCAUCAGCUGAAACCACUUACUCAGAAGUCCGGACCUUGAGAACUGAACCACCUUCAGAGCUGCCUGGCGCCCAACAAGCAGCAGUGCCAAAUGAACAAUCCAAGGUGACAUGGCAGACCGUGGCUCUGCUGGUUCUCAGCGCUCUGCUGGCAGCUGCCGUCAUUGCUCUCUGUGUUACCUUAAAUAUGAACAUUCAAACUGUGGAACAUCUCCGAAAGCUGCAAUAUGAUCAUGAUGCUGUGAAAAAAAAUCUUUCUGAGACACGCUGUGAACCAACACCAUGCAGCACAGUGCAGCCUACAUGCCCCACACCUACUCAAGUAAAAAUAAAUCAGCCAUGUCAGAAGUGUGAAGAGGGCUGGGAGCAAGACAGAGGACAGUGCUAUUUCUUCUCCAUCAAUGGUUCAUCCUGGGAAGAGAGCAGAAAUGGAUGCAAACGGCUGGGAGGAGACCUGGUUAAGAUAGACAGCAGAGAGGAGAAGAGCUUCCUGAGCAACAGACUGAUAGAAAAAAUGGAUAAUACUGAAGACAAGUUCUGGAUCGGACUGACAGACUCAGAGGUAGAGGGUGAAUGGUUGUGGGUGGACGGCUCACGACUGAACACAAGGUUUGAUUGUUGUGAAAACAUUUUUGUCCAUUUCCAGUUCAAAGUUUCCAGUUUUUAUUGAUCCAGUUCUUUCUCUUCUCCAUCUCUUAGUUUGAGUUUUUGGUUUGCACAGGAGCCAGACAACUGGACACAGGAGAAUCCUGAUGGAGAGGACUGUGCGAGGAUGGGGGAGGG